AUGGCGUCCCUCUUCGGGGCUCGCCGCCGGCGAUCGCCGGAGGACGACGGCGAGGACGAUAGAUCCGGCAGCGGGAGGGCCCAGCGUCGCCGCCUCUCGCCGGAGGAGGCCGCGGCGUCGGCGGCGGAGGCGGGCGCGGCGACGGGGACUAGCCCCGGCUGGCUCGCCGGCUUCGUCUCCGGAGCGAAGAGUGUCUUUUCUUCCGUUUUACUGUUCUCCUCGCCCGAGGAGACCGGCUCGGGGGAGGAGGAGGAGGAGGACGACGACGACGAAGACGAAGACGGCGUCGGCUUGAGUAAUUUCUCCUUCCUUCCUCUCGUCCACGCUCUUCUUCUCUCGCUCCCUCACUCCGUCGUUCAGUUCAAUGAAAAUGAAGAUAUUCAUGACACUCAUGGAGCAAUAGUUCCUCUUAGCGAGUCAAAGCUUGCUAUUGAGCAAAUGGUUAUGAAGGAAACAUUCUCAAGGGAUGAAUGUGAUAGGAUGGUAGAGUUAAUAAAAUCAAGAGUCAGAGAUUCUACUUUUCCUGAAGCCCAUGAGUAUGGAAAGCCAGAAGAAAUCCCAAGUAGGAAUGCAGGCAUUGCACACGACUUUACAGGAACAUGGCGCUCCUUGAGCUGUGACCGGAAUUUCCCUGAAUCAGUUCCACUCUCUAGUAUGAGAAUGGGACCUGGUAGUUUUUCUCCAGGCUCUCCACUCCAAGCAUCACCUGAGCUAUGCACUGCAGCAGUUACGGAAGCAAAAAAAUGGUUGGAAGAGAAAAGGCAGGGACUGGGCUUAAAGCCUGAAGACAAUGGGCCAUGCACAUUAAAUACUGAUAUAUUUAGUUCUCGCGAUGACUCUGACAUGGGUACUCCAGUUGAUUUAGCGAAAUCAUACAUGCAGUCGUUACCUCCUUGGCAAUCCCCAUUCUUAGGCCAUCAGAAGUUUGACACAUCACCCUCCAAAUACUCUAUCUCGUCAACAAAGGUAACCACAAAGGAGGACUACCUUUCCAGCUUUUGGACAAAAUUGGAGGAAUCACGAAGAGCUCACAUUGGAUCAUCUGGAGGUUCUGCUGAUGCUCCUAAAUUCUGGAAUUAUGGUUCUAAUUCCAGAUUAUUUGAGAAUAACACCUCUAUAUUCUCAUUGGGCACUGAUGAGAAAGUUGGAGAUCCUACCGAAACCCAUAAUGGGUCUGAGAAAGUUGCAGCAACAGAACCAGUUGGUGGAUGCUCCUUACCUAUUACACUAACUGAAGAUAGAACUGAUGGUAUUACUGAGCCCGUGGACCUUGCAAAGAACAAUGGGAAUGCACCCCAAGAAUACCAAGUUGCAUCUGAAAUUCUCCCCGAUAAAGUUGCAGAGGGUAACGAUGUGUCUUCCACAGGAAUUACAAAGGAUACUACUGGCCAUAGUGGAGAUGUUAAAGCUCCCACUUCAGAACCACAUAUAGGGGAAACACAUGUCAACUCAGCUUCAGAAUCCAUACCAAAUGAUGCAGGUCCCCCAACCCAGACCAAAAUGAAUGGGUCGACCAAGAAAACAUUAGUCAACGGUCUUCUGGAUCAAUCAAAUGGCAACUCAGGGCUAGAAUCUUCAGGAAAUGAUAAUCCUAGCUACACUAACUCGAGCAGUGCUAUGCCACCCGCCAGUACCCAAUUAAUUGAGUCUGCUGCUCCUGCUACAGAUGUUGAUUCUGUUAAGAAUGGCCCAGGUACAAAACCAGAACAAUCGGCUAAGCGAGGCUUGAGAUCAUCCAAUGUUCAGCAAGGACGUAAAAGGGUGUUGCGAAGCACAGCAAGAGGAAGAGCGACGUAG